AUGGUUGGUAUAAGACUGGGAGAAGUAUGCGGUGGCGCAUGUGCAGUGGCAAAGGAGCCUGGGAACUGCGUGGGUUGCUGCCUAGGUGCUUCCUGUCUGCUGUCUUGUUUUGGCACCGAGGGAGUUGUUCUGGCGUCUUUGGUGCUCUUGGCAUUUGGUGGGCGGCAUCUUGGGGCCCACAUGAGCCAAUGGCAUCGUGCCCGCGGUGGUUGGGGCCAGGGUCGCGUCUUUUCUGGACGUUCUUCAUCCAGGAGGAAGGGCGGAAACCACAUCCCGGAAAGGUGGAAGGACUAUCUCCCAGUUGGACAGCGGAUGCCUGGGACUCGUUUUAUUGCUUUCAAAGUUCCUUUAAAAAAGAGUUUUGAAGAGAAUCUUGCUCCAGAAGAACGUUUUUCUCCCUUGGAUCUUUUUGACAAAAUUCAAGAACAGAAUGAAGAACUUGGACUGAUUAUUGACUUAACAUAUACUCACCGCUAUUAUAAACCAGAGGACUUACCAGAAACUAUUCCUUACUUAAAAAUUUAUACAGUUGGGCAUCAGGUACCUGAUGAUGACACUAUUUUUAAAUUCAAAUGUGCUGUUAAUGGGUUUUUGAAAGAAAAUAAAGAUAACGACAAACUUAUUGGUGUUCACUGUACCCAUGGUUUAAACAGGACUGGCUACCUCAUCUGCAGAUAUUUGAUUGAUGUAGAAGACAUGAGGCCAGAUGAUGCAAUUGAAUUAUUCAAUAGGUGCCGGGGACAUUGCUUAGAGAGACAAAACUACAUUGAAGACCUUCAGAAUGGUCCCAUCAGAAAGGACUGGGAUUCCAGUGUGUCUAGAUCAGGUGGCUGUCACUACUCGACAUGUGUUCACACCACUAAGCACAUCGUUAACCGAAGACCAAGAAAUAACAUGCACUGGGCCCAGGGCCACCCAACACCUCCUCGGCAUUUCCACUCCCGGACCCAAGACAUGCUGCAGUCAGUAAGAAAAUGUUCACAGAAUCAGAAUGUUUACCAGAGAAGUCAUAACCCUCCUCCUGGUCCCCCUGGAGAGGACCAUUCACAGAGGAGGUACUCUUGGAAUGUAAAGCCAAAUGCCAGCCGAGUAGUCCAGAAUCAGAGAUGGUAUUCUGGCAGUUACCACGGACUGUCCUAUCCAACCUAUUGUGGAUGGACUGAGUGACACAAACCUAUCCUGGAAAUUUAUCCGGAGACAGAACAGGACUGAAGAUGGCUGGGGUGAUUUUUUAUAAGAUCAGGUCCAAUGACGUUUAUAAUCUAUUCUAUUUCUCCCUUAUGUGUUCAAACUUAAGGAAAAAUUAUAUUGAUACUUAUUAACUCUUUGCUGAUUAACUCGCGGUAUUUGCAACAGUGAAAGAAGUAAUCUGUCGUUUCGGCCUUAACUUUUUUUUAAGGAAGAUGUUAUUUUAUAACAAAGUAAUAAAGAACAUCCCUUGAACAUAAUUUUUUUUAAUUUAAAUUAUUUUAAAUUCUAACUUUUCUGUGUAUUUCCUUUUGACUAGACUUGUGAUAUGAAUGUGUGUAUACAAAAAGUUUUAGUCAUGUUCUAUUCUGUCAUGUUCUGUUAUUGACCCAAUCAUUAAGAGUAUCAUUUUUUUGCCCCUCACUGUUCAAGAUUUCUAUUAAAAUCUACCUGGGAGACAGUCUCUUUGAACCUAA